AUGAAUGAUGUUAUGGAUACAUUAUCAAUUCCUACUAUAGCAGCUAAAAGCAGAAAGAGGGCAACAAAUUUCAGCAACAACGGAGUAACUGUUGCUCAAAAAAAUGAGGCCUGGGAUGCUAUCACUAGAGAAUUCAAUAGUUCCAAUGCUGGUACCACAAGAGACCUAGAAUCUCUUAGGCGAAAUUAUGAAAAUAGGAAAAAACUGCUUAGGCAGAAUAUGGCUAAGCAAAGAAGGGAAUUGUACAGAACUGGUGGCGGAGUUGCUCCUGUAGUUACAAAGGAGCCAGGGGAUGAAAUAUUAAUGGCAAUUAUGAGGGAAAACGGUUUAAAAGAAAAAAAACAAAUGGCCCAAAGAAAUAAAGCAAAAAUCGCAAAAAUAGAAGAAGAGCCAGAAUUAGACUCAGAUCCAGAGCAGCCUAUUGUGAUUACAGUACAAGCUCAAGUACAUGCUACUACUGAUAAAUGUCAUGGUGCAGAAGAAAUGGAAAACAUGAACCAAUCUCCAAAUAUUCCGAUUUUCAAUCAGAAAGUCGAGAUUUCUCAGGAAAUUCCAUUAAUUUAUUCCGUUGGUGAAUAUACUCCAAGUCAUGAAAAGGAACCAUCAGUAAUCUCUUGCACUGACAUCAAUGUUUAUAAUAGUGAUGAAAAUAUUCUAGGGGAAUAUAUUGUUCAUGACAAAGGAAAACUGAUUCAGGUGAAAAGACCAGAUGAGACUUAUAUAGCUGGUCAAUUUUGUAUCAUUAAAGAUGAAGAUACCCUGUAUCCAGGGCGAAUACAAAAUGUUAAGAAAACACAUGGAUCGUUUACUGUAUGGGUUAAUUUACUUGUCAAAAACUUCAAAGGAGGCUGGAUAUGGCCAAUAAAAAAAGAUGUGAUAAAGAUUACUGAAGUUAAAAAUAUAAUUAAAGUGUUAGACCACAAUAAAAUUAGCCAAAAACAGGAUAUAUUAAAUAUUGAUGACGAUUUUUUAAAUAUAGAGUGGGGGGACUAA